AUUUUGUGUGAACAUAGAUUAAUCGUCUUUUACAGAGUAUCCCAGCUUUGCAUUGACGGAGCACAUUCGUCUGGGCCUAGGCCUCGGUUGAUGGCGCAUCAGGCGUAUCAUUACUAACCAGGGCAAAUUUUGUUUUGCCAAGCAGAACUGGAUAGAAAUGGCGCGGAAGACUGGGUACGUAUCAGGAAGAUAGCGGGUCACACACCCAUGACCACGAGCCCUGUCUAUCGAGAAGGUCCUGGGCUUGUCUAGGCUCGAUCUAAAUCCAGGCGCUCGGGUUUAAUCAGGCCGGAGACAGCAAAGCGGUUCGCAGAGGAACCCUGUUCUCAAAAAGAACACACCUUCAUGUGGGUGGCAUCUUAGAUGCAGGGGUUUCUCAUGAGAACAUGUAUUCUGAGUUGAGAUCGGAGCUCGACCGAUGGCCGAUCAGCGUUGAAAGUCCGAACCCGAUUUUGAUCAGCCAUCAGAUCACGAACGCAAAGCUGUGCUUGCCCCUCCGUGUAUUACCACUGCCCAUAGCGUCAGGAAUCUGAGCGAGGCAGCAUCGUUUUACGAUCCAACCUCCUUCUCACGCCGAUCACCGACACGUAACUCACAUUUGCGGUGGCAUGACCAACACUAGAUGACGAGCGCGGGUAAAUGACCUGCAAGGCUUGACAAAGCUGGGGCAUCACUGAAAUCUUCGAGGGUCGAGCCAUAAGUACGGAGCGACAUCCAAUUGGCUGUCCAUAAUGUCUCUUCUCGAUCGCCCCCCUCCGCCACGCACCAAAUUGGGUGUAUAUCGGAUUCUUUCGCCCAACGCGGGAGUCCAUGUCUCUCCUCUGCAGCUGGGGGCUGGCAGCAUCGGCGACCAGUGGCACAAACUCGGAAUGGGUGCGAUGGAUAAAGCGUCAAGCUUCAAACUCCUAGACGCGUAUUUUGAUGCCGGUGGUAACUUCAUUGACACUGCGAACGCAUAUCAAGACGAGACGUCAGAGAUGUUCAUUGGGGAGUGGAUGGAGCAGCGGGGUAUCCGGGACCAGAUCAUUCUCUCCACGAAGUUUUCGACGAAUUACAAAGCCCGCCGAAACGUCGCGCUCGAGGUCAACUAUGCUGGGAGCAACCGAAAGUCGAUGACGCUGAGCGUGGAGGCCAGCCUCAAGAAGCUCCGCACGUCGUACAUCGACAUCCUCUAUGUACACUUUUGGGAUUGGGACACAAGCUUCCGCGAAUUGAUGGAUGGGCUGCACAAUCUCGUCGCGCUGGGAAAGGUCUUAUAUCUCGGCAUCUCGAAUGCCCCGGCCUGGGUCGUAUCGCAGGCCAACCAGUAUGCGUUGGACCACGGCAGGUCGCCAUUCGUCAUCUACCAGGGCGCAUGGAACGUCAUGGACCGGUCGUUCGAGCGCGAGAUCAUCCCCAUGGCCCGUGCAAAUGGCAUGGCACUCGCGCCCUGGAACGUUUUAGCACAGGGCAAGUUCCGCACGGACGCUGAGGAGGAAGCUCGGCGCGUUUCCGGAGAGAAGGGGCGCAUGCUGUUCAGCGCCGACUGGGAACGAAACGAGGACGAGAAGAAGAUCUCACACGCACUUGAGAAAGUCGCGGGGGAGAUUGGGGCCAAGAACAUCACCUCCGUCGCAAUCGCUUACCUGAUGCACAAAGUGCCGUACUGUUUCCCUAUCAUCGGAGGGAGGAAAGUCGAACAUCUGAUGUCCAACAUCGAGGCUCUCGAAUUAUCGCUCUCGCCGGAACAGAUAAAGUUCCUGGAGGAUGUUCUGACCUUUGAUCCUGGCUUCCCUGCAACCAAGAUUGGCGAUGGCACUGCACCCACCCCCGAUUUGCUUACAGCUGGAUAUUUCGACCACGUGCCCCUUCAACGGACAAUUCCUCACACGAAGAACUGAGCAGGCUGGGGCGCAGACCAGUGGAAUAGAAUACUUCAAUUCACCGCCAGAUUAGACAACGAUUCGUAACACUUGCCGCGAAGCGAACCUCUCCUCGGAGGUGCUCCCGCCAAACUAGACCGAAUAUCCAGGAUGUUCAGGCUCCAGCAAUUUUCCUUUCAAUUCAUGAGAAUGUUCCAAACUUGCGGAGGGGAAAAACACUAAAUCAAGAAAACAUCGUUGACAUUUUCUUAUUCAGACUGACUGCUUACGGUGGCACAUGAACCCGGUCCAUAUGCAUCUGAUGAGUUAGAUUGAAUAUCAGCAACGGAUAAGUUCACUUCCCUCUGCCUCAUUAUGGAUGCCUUUGGGACCCCGUCCUGUAUUAUCUCCAAAAUAGCAAUGCCAUCAGGUCAGCAAUAGUGCCAUUUUCAUGAUAAAUUUUCCAAUAUCAUGCCCAACUACACGUCACUAAGCCGUACAUAAGGCGCGAUACAGUCCAGUAUGAUGAAACAGCCUAUGAG